CACUUCCGUCUCGUUUCGGGGCGGUGCCAAGAUGGACGCUCUGCGGGCCCGGGAGCAGCUCCGGCGGCGAUACCUGUUUCCGCAGGACGCUGAGGCCCAGCUGAACAGCGAGAGCGGCCCCGGCGCGGAAACCUCUACAGCUGUUGAGAAAAAGGAGAAACCUCUUCCAAGACUUAAUAUCCAUUCUGGAUUCUGGAUUUUGACAUCCAUUGCUGUGACAUAUUAUGUUGAUUUCUUUAAAACCAUUAAAGAAAACAUUCACACUAGUAGUUGGUUUCUCUUUGGUGGUGCCUUGUUGCUUGUCAGCUUAUCGGUUGCAUUUUACUGUAUAAUCUACCUGGAGUGGUAUUGCGGAGUUGAGGAUUAUGAUGCCAAGCACCCCUCGUUGAUCCCCAUUACAACUGCAACUUUUAUCGCAGCGGGAAUUUGCUUCAAUAUUGCUUUAUGGCACGUGUGGUCAUUUUUCACUCCAUUGUUGUUGUUUACCCAAUUUAUGGGGGUUGUAAUGCUUAUCUCACUACUUGGAUGAUUUCUGAAGAUUUCAGAGAAUGCAAAUUUAAAGUGAAUGAUUGAACCUCCAUCUAGCUGACAGCAACAUGGACAGGUGAUGGAAAAGUGAUAAUGUGUUCUUGCAUCUACACAGCGAGUGGUUUCUUUGGAAAAGUUGUGACUUCAUAGAUCUGUGACAAAAAUCAGAAUAAAUUAUAUUUCAUUUGCAUAGUCUUAAACUCCGUUGAUUAUUGAAUUUUUCAGAUGUCUGUGUUUACAGAGAAGUAACUUUUGAAAUGUUAAUUGCUUGAAUCUUUGAAUAAAGGAAUGGUGUCAAAAUUUGGCAAACUUUAAUUAUAAAUGCACAGUACCCCCCCCCAAUAAUGUAAAUUAAUUACUCUUCCGUGGCAGAAAUAGCAGGAAGCUAGCUGAUUUGUGUGAGAUGACUGGAUAUAAAGGAAUGAUUCUGUCCUGUGCCUUUAAUCCAAAUGAGGUACUUACUAUAGAUCUUGUUUUUAUAAUAGUUGUGUUAGGUGAGAGGACCAACUGAACGUAUUUUAUGUUUUCCUGUGUGUUUACAUCCCUUUAAAUUUCUAUCAUUGUGUAAAUUAUGGGGGGUUUUAGCAUUUGUUUAACUUAAGAACUUUUAAUCAUUUUUAAGUAUUUGUAGCUUUUUUCUCAACAUUUAAAUAAAGUAUUUUCAAUAACUUUCCCGUGGGUUUUGUUAAUGCAAACUUCAUGAGUCAGAAUCGAUUCAGUGGCAACUGGUUUAUCAGCAUAUUAGCAUUUGAGUUAACUGUUGAAAUAACUAAGGCUACUUUUUUAGAGAAGGCUACUCUACCCUUCAAAGACCUUACGAAGACAGUAUUUUACCUUCAGAUAAAAAGGUUGUUGUUAUUAGGUGCAACUGAGUCAGUUCCAAC